AUGAAGAGCGACUCAUCAGAGCGUCGCCUCAUUCAGUUUAAAGAACAACACCCAGCUGCGGAGAGAGUGGACCAGGAGAGCUCAGAGGUUCCCAGUGGUCAGUCUGCCCAGCAGCAUCAAACACACCUGGACUCCAUAUUUAUGCUGCUGGAGGAGAACAUUGUCACUUUUGUGAAGAACGAGCUGAAGAAGAUGCAGAAGGUUCUAAGUCCAGAUGACUCAGAGUGCUUGGAGAGUCAGAGUGAGGAUGAGGAGGCGUUGGACAAUGAGGAGAAAGAGCAGAGGAGGAGAAGCAGAGACGCAUUUCUGAAGAUCACACUGCACUUCCUGAGGAGAAUGAAGCAAGACGAGCUGGCUGAGCAUCUGCAGAUCAAAACUGCUCCAGUUGGUCAGAAACUCAAGUCUAAACUGAAGAAGAAGUUCCAGUUAGUGUUUGACGGGUUCGCUAAAGCAGGAAAACAAAUCCUUCUGAAUCAGAUCUACACACCGCUCUACAUCACAGAGGGAGGGACUGCAGAGGUCAAUGAUGAACAUGAGAUCAGACAGAUUGAAACAGUGUUCAGAAAACCAGACAGACCAGAAACAAUAAUCAGACAUGAAGACAUCUUUAAAGCCUCACCUGGAAGAGAUGAACCUAGCAGAACAGUGAUGACAAAGGGAGUGGCUGGCAUUGGGAAAACAGUCUUAACACAGAAGUUCACUCUGGACUGGGCUGAAGACAAAGCCAACCAGGACAUAUACUUCACAUUUCCAUUCACUUUCAGAGAGCUGAAUGCACUGAAAGAGAAAAAGUUCAGCUUGGUGGAACUUGUUCAUCACUUCUUUACUGAAACCAAAGAAGCAGAAAUCUGCAGGUUUGAAGAGUUCCAGGUUGUGUUCAUCUUUGAUGGUCUGGAUGAGUGUCGACUUCCUCUGGACUUCCACAACAAUGAGAUCCUGACUGAUGUUACAGAGUCCACCUCAGUGGAUGUGCUGCUGACAAACCUCAUCAGGGGGAAACUGCUUCCCUCUGCUCGCAUCUGGAUAACCACACGACCUGCAGCAGCCAAUCAGAUCCCUCCUGAGUGUGUCGGCAUGGUGACAGAGGUCAGAGGCUUCACUGAUCCACAGAAGGAGGAGUACUUCAGGAAGAGAUUCAGAGAUGAGGAGCAGGCCAGCACCAUCAUCUCCAACAUCAAGACAUCACGAAGCCUCCACAGCAUGUGCCACAUCCCAGUCUUCUGCUGGAUCACUGCUACAGUUCUGGAGGAUGUGUUGAAAAGCAAAGAGGGAGGAGAGCUGCCCAAGACCCUGACUGAGUUGUACAUCCACUUCCUGGUGGUUCAGUCCAAACUGAAGAAUGUCAAGUAUGAUGGAGGAUCUGAGACAGAUACACACUGGAGUCCAGAGAACAGGAAGAUGAUUGAGUCUCUGGGCAAACUGGCUUUUGAGCAGCUGCAGAAAGGCAACCUGAUCUUCUAUGAAUCAGACCUGAAAGAGUGUGGCAUCGAUAUCAAAGUAAGAGUGAGAGUGUUAACAGAGAUCUUUAAAGAGGAGAGAGGGCUGUACCAGGACAAGGUGUUCUGCUUCGUCCAUCUGAGUGUUCAGGAGUUUCUGGCUGCUCUUCAUGUCCAUCUGACAUUCAUCAAGUCUGGAGUCAAUCUGCUGGCAGGAAAACAAACAACAUCCCAGAAGUCUGAAGUGAUGAGAGGCAAAUCAGCUCUCUACCAGAGUGCUGUGGACGAGGCCUUAAAGAGUCAAAAUGGACACCUGGACUUGUUCCUCCGCUUCCUCCUGGGUCUUUCACUGCAGACCAAUCAGACUCUCUUACGAGGUCUGCUGACACAGACAGGAAGUACCGAAUCACAGACCAAUCAGGAAACAGCUGAGUACAUCAAGAAGAAGAUCAGUGAGAGUCUGUCUGCAGAGAGAAGCAUCAAUCUGUUCCACUGUCUGAAUGAACUGAAGGAUAGUUCUCUAGUGGAGCAGAUCCAACAGUACCUGAGAUCAGGAAGACUCUCUGGAGAUAAACUGUCUCCUGCUCAGUGGUCUGCUCUGGUCUUCAUCUUACUGUCAUCAGAAAAAGAUCUGGACGUGUUUGACCUGAAGAAAUACUCUGCUUCAGAUGAGGCUCUUCUAAGGUUGCUGCCAGUGAUCAAAGCCUCCAACAAAGCUGUGUAA